AUGUCCACUCCCCCGAAAAGAUCGCGCUCUGAAGAUUUGGACAAUUCCCUGGAAAAGAGGAUUAAACGCAUUUCGAUUGAAGGAAAUAUCGCGGCGGGGAAAUCUACGUUUGUGCGCCUUCUGGAGGAGGAGAGCUCGGACUGGGAGGUGGUUCCGGAGCCGAUCGCCAGAUGGUGCAAUGUUCAAACUAAUGGCAGUGACUUUGAGGAUUUGAGCAGCUCUCAGAGGAGCGGAGGUAACGUACUGCGGCUCAUGUACGAGAAGCCGGAGCGGUGGGCGUACACGUUCCAGAGCUACGCCUGCAUCAGCCGAGUGCGUGCUCAGAUGCGAUCGGCUCACGGGAAACUGCAAGAUGCGGAGAAUCCAGUCCAGUUCUUUGAACGCUCUAUUUACAGUGACAGAUACAUAUUUGCCUCCAACCUUUACGAGAGCGAGUGCAUGAAUGACACAGAAUGGUCCAUCUACCAGGACUGGCACAGCUGGCUUCAUACUCAGUUCGGGAAACACAUAGAGUUGGAUGGGAUCGUGUAUCUCAGAGCUGCUCCAAAGAAAUGCAUGGAACGAUUACACUUGAGGGGCAGAGAGGAGGAGCAAGAAAUACCACUGGAGUAUUUGGAGAAACUUCACUUUAAACAUGAGAGCUGGCUGCAGCACAAGAACAUGAGUAUGGAGUUUGAGUAUUUGAAAGAUGUGCCGGUCCUGACGAUGGAUGUGAACGAUGAUUUCAAGGGUAAUGUCAACAAAGGAGCAGACAUGAUUGAGAAGGUGAAAGAGUUCUUGACCACACUAUAG